AUGGCGCGCUGUUGCCAGAUUGUGAAGCUCGGCCGUGUGUUACAGCGCGUGCUGCUGGAGCACCACAGCUGUGGCGGGGAGCCGGUGUCGGUAAUGCUGCACGGCAUCGAGCCGGAGGACAUGUACCGGCUGCUGGAGCUCAUGUACCGCGGCCGGACGCAAGUCUCGGCAUCGGAGCUGCCGCGCCUGCUGGAGACGGCGGCGGCGCUGGGCGUGCGCCUGCUACAGUCCAACAAGCUGCGCGUCUGCGCCGCUGGCUCCGACCCAUGGGCAGCCGACGUCAGCACUGUGAACGAGGCGACGCUUCCUGAAGGCCAAGCUAGGCAGUCUGUACUUCAGUGCGACAACCAGAGCACGGUUAAUCUGGGAGAAGGUGGUCACCCACUGAAGGUGCCCACCCGUAAAGGGCUGACCGAGCUACCACCGGCAGAAGCAGGCGACAACGAGGGCGAGCAGCAGCAGCGCACCUACCUCAGCCCGCCCGCGAGCCGCCCCAGACACGAGGGGCAGGCGCCGCCCGAGGCCGGUAGAGUCCAACCACCGCCCUGGAGCCCUGAGACGGUGCCGCAGGGCCGGCAGUUGGAGGACGUCUGGCAGAUGGAGCGGCCACCCGUCCAGGCCAGCAGCCCGCCGCGCGUCCUCACCGAGCUGCUACCUUCAAAGACCAGUCCCCAGCCUACAAUCAACGUGUCGUUCGCCAUGUCUUUCAGAGUAGACGGACAGCAGGAUAGCCGGUGCGCGGAACUAAAGAAUGAACACAACGUGAACUCCACCUAUACAAGGAGCUACGAACCACCGCUGCACUUACAGCGGGCGGUACUGCCCAAUGAUCAGCAGCGACUACUCCUCAAGGAAAACGCUCUAAGCCACGGCAAAGAACAUAUUUGCAAAACAUGCUCCAAGAAGUUCGCCACACGAUAUUCUCUUAAGCUUCACUCGCGUACGCACACAGGAGAAAAGCCACACAUGUGCGCACAGUGCGGGAAGCGGUUCAGCCAACGUCGGAACUACCGCUACCACCUGUCGCUACACUCCGGUUCGAGAGAAUUCGAGGCAUCGUGUCCGGUGUGUGCCAAAGUGUUCAGCGACCGGGGCUACCUGAGCUCCCACAUGAAGAUCCACCGCGACCAGCGAGAGUACGCCUGUACCGAGUGCGGGAGGCGGUUCAACCAGCGCGUCGCCUACAACACGCACGUGCGAACACACACCGGAGAGCGGCCGCACCGCUGCACCGUCUGCGGCAAGACCUUCUACCGCAAGGCGCUGCUCAGGCAGCACAUGGAGAACCACACAGAAGAGCAGCCUCCCGCCUGUCUGGAGAGCGGCAAGCGUUCGCCGGAGCGCAGCCACUUGCCGGUACACGAGAGGUCGCCUGCGGGCCUGCCGCCGUACGUCUGCGCGCACUGCGGCUGCAGCUUCGCGCAGAGGCACCAGCUGCGCUCCCACGUCGCCUGCCACGCGGGCGCCGUCGCAGUGGACGGCGGCCGCCUGUCUGAGGAGCCGCCUCCGUCGCGCAGCUCCAGCGUCAUCAUCAGCACGCCGCCGCCUGUGAUCCUCAACCCCACGGUCUCCAGCGCGGCGUCGCGCCUACCUCCGCCUCUGCUGCGGCUGCCGCCACAGCCAGCACCGUCGCUGUCGCUACCGUCCCAGAACGUCGCCGUCGGCGUAUCAGAGUUCGAUGCCACAUAA